ACGGUCGUUGUGUUGUCUUACGAACAAUCCUCUGAGAGCCAAGAUGACCAGUUUUAGUAGAACCUCUGCCACAUUGGCUCUGACGACAACGAUGAUGAUGAGACGUUCAACAUAUUCAGCAACCUCAACAAUUUUACCCAAUGCUACUCCCCAUGGCUUGGGCGUGGCAACGGAAAUUGAAAAAUCAAUUGCAAUGCAACGACAUCAGCGACAGGAGCAGGAACAGCAGCAGCAGCAGCAACAGGAAAAGCAUCAACGGCAGCAGCACCAACAGCAGCAGCAGCAGCAAAGCGUAAAGAAAUCUUCCACCCCCAGGACAUCAACGGCAACAGCAAUGGCAACCGCAAAUGUUUCGAGUGCAGUGCGUCCAUAUUCUGAGGUGCCAGGACCAUAUCCUCUACCCUUGAUAGGCAAUUCCUGGCGUUUUGCACCCAUAAUUGGUACCUACAAGAUUAGCGAUUUGGAUAAAGUGAUGCAUGAGCUGCAUGUGAAUUAUGGCAAAAUGGCCAAAGUUGGCGGUCUAAUUGGUCAUCCAGAUUUACUGUUUGUCUUUGAUGGCGAUGAGAUACGUAAUAUCUUCAAAAAAGAAGAGACCAUGCCACACAGACCCUCAAUGCCUUCACUGCGUCAUUAUAAGGGCGACCUGAGAGGUGAAUUCUUUGGCAAUACAGCUGGCCUAAUUGGCGUACAUGGACCCAAAUGGGAGGCCUUUCGCCAAGAGGUUCAACACAUUUUACUGCAACCGCAGACGGCAAAGAAGUAUAUUCCACCACUGAAUGACAUUGCCAGCGAGUUUAUGGACCGCAUUGAGCAAAUGCGCGAUGAGAAUGAACAAUUGCCAGCCAACUUUCUGCAUGAGCUAUACAAAUGGGCGCUAGAAUCUGUUGGCCGUGUGUCUUUGGACACUCGUUUGGGUUGUUUAUCGCCCCAGGGCAGCGAAGAGGCCCAACAAAUCAUUGAGGCCAUCAAUACCUUCUUCUGGGCUGUUCCCGAACUAGAAUUACGUAUGCCACUCUGGCGCCUAUAUCCCACCAAGGCCUAUCGCAGUUUUGUCAAGGCCCUCGAUCAAUUUACAGAAAUUUGCAUGAAAAACAUUUCCAAGACCAUGGAUAAGGCGGAGUUUGAUGAAUCGCAGGGUUUAGUCAAAAACGAUUCAGACAUAUCGAUUGUAGAGCGAAUUGUGCGUAAAACCGGAAAUCGCAAACUAGCUGCGGUUUUGGCUCUCGAUUUGUUCCUAGUGGGCGUUGAUACGACUUCAGUGGCUGCUUCAUCGACCAUUUAUCAACUGGCCAAGAAUCCCGAUAAGCAGCAACGUCUCUUUGAUGAGUUGAAACAAAUAUUUCCCAAAACCGAUGCGGAAAUCAAUCAAAAUGUACUCGAACAAAUGCCCUACUUGCGUGCUUGUGUUAAGGAAACUUUGAGAAUGCGUCCCGUGGUCAUAGCCAAUGGCAGAAGUCUUCAAUCGGAUGCCGUAAUCAAUGGUUAUCAUGUACCCAAGGGUACUCAUGUGAUUUUCCCACACUUGACGGUUUCGAAUGAUCCUGCCUAUUUUCCUGAACCCAAGCGUUUUAUGCCCGAAAGAUGGCUUAAACAGCAACCGAAUGAACAAGCUGCAGGCUGUCCUCAUGCUGGUCAAAAGAUACAUCCCUUUGUCAGUUUACCAUUUGGGUUUGGUCGCCGUAUGUGCGUGGGUCGACGUUUUGCCGAAAUCGAACUACACACAUUAUUGGCCAAGAUUUUUCGCAAAUACAAAGUUUCCUAUACUUCCGGAGAGUUUGUUUAUCGUGUCAACUCGACGUAUAUACCGCAGUCGCCUUUGAAUUUCAAAUUAACUAUGCGAGAGGAGUGAAUAUUAUGGGUGCUUUUGGUCAAACAUGGCGUAUAAGUGAUA